CUGACUUUCCCACUCUGUCCCCGGUACCAUGGCGUCCAGCGAGGAGGACGGCUCGGUGGAGGAAAAGGAAAACAACAACAAGAAGAGAACGAAAAGUGCCCUCGCGACCGCAUGGCUCACGUUUUAUAACAUUGCCAUGACCGCCGGGUGGCUGGUGUUGGCUGUGGCAAUGAUCCGGUUUUACAUACAGAAAGGGACACACAAGGGUCUUUACAGAAGUAUAUCAAGGACACUGAAGUUUUUCCAGACUGUUGCAUUACUUGAGGUUAUCCAUUGUGCAGUUGGAAUGGUGCGUACAUCUGUGAUCGUGACUGGGGUCCAAGUGUGUUCGAGAAUAUUCAUGGUUUGGUUCGUUACUAACAGCAUUAAACAGAUCCAGAAUGAAGAGAGUGUUGUCCUUUUCCUGGUCGUGUGGACGGUGACAGAAAUAACCAGAUAUUCCUUCUAUACAUUCAAUCUGCUCAACCACUUGCCAUAUUUCAUCAAAUGGGCCAGAUACAACAUGUUUAUCGUCAUGUACCCGCUUGGAGUGGCUGGUGAACUCAUGACCAUUUACGCUGCUCUACCAUACGUUCGCAAGUCCGGAAUGUUCUCAAUGAGGCUCCCCAACAAAUACAAUGUCUCUUUUGACUAUUACAUCUUCCUCAUCAUCGUCAUGAUCUCUUAUAUCCCAUUGUUCCCACAACUAUAUUUCCAUAUGCUACGUCAAAGGAGAAAGGUGCUUCACGGGGAGGUGAUAGUUGAGAAGGACGAGUAGAACAACCACACAGCCUGUCUGGCUUUCUCAUGAAGAGCAAGACCGCACAGUCAUGCCAAUACCACCACCACCACCAUCCACCCACCCAACACCACCAAGGAGCCAGAGUAACGAUCACAGAACAGGAAUAAACGGCUGUGCGGGAAAAAAAACAACCAUGUGGAUUCUUCUGUUCCUUUACCUCCACAGAACAUCAGAGUACUCAGUUGGUCAGCCUUGAUACCCACAUACUGUUCACUGGUGUAGGGAAGAGCGAUUGAGAAAGAGGGUAACAUCACAAGUUGUGUUUGGGUUUCUGUCAUCUGGAAACUGUAAG